UAGCAGCUCAUGUAUCAACUAUAAAGGGGUGCCGAACAGGCGGUUUCAGAUUCAAACAUGGCAGCGGCGACGAGUGUUGUUGUGUUAGACAGAGGAAACAAUACAACAUGCACCAUCAACUUGCACGGUGCAACGGUGGUUUCUUGGCGUGUAAAUAAUCAAGAACAGUUAUUUGUAAGCAAACAAGCAAUAUUUGACGGAAAGAAGGCUAUCCGCGGCGGCAUCCCCUUUGUUUUCCCCCAGUUUGGACAGUGGAGCUUUGGACCACAAAAUGGCUUUGCCCGUAUCAUACGCUGGAACCUGGAGAAGGCCCCUGAACGACUGCCCAGUGGGGAUGUGGAAGCCAUCUUUUCUAUCAUGGACAGCGAGUUCACACGUUCCAUGUGGAACUAUCCGUUUCGCCUCACUUACAGGUUGAUCUUGCGAGAGAAAGAGCUGCACUUCAACAUAGGGGUGUACAACCCUAGCAAGGAGCUGACAUUCAGCUUCAACCUGCUGUUGCACACGUACUUCAAGGUGCCUGAUGUGCGGCGUUGCCAGAUUACUGGCCUGCAUGGAUGCACAUUCAUUGAUAAGUCAAGGGAAGGCGCUGUUUUCCAAGAGGGUCGUGAUGUGGUGACCAUCUCAGAGUGGACUGACCGUAUAUAUCAGAACACUCCUCAGGAACACAUCAUUACAAAUGUUGUGUCUGGCCGCAAGAUGAGAAUACAGAAGUAUAACUUCCCAGACACAGUUGUGUGGAACCCAUGGGUAGAGAAAGCAAAGGAGAUUGCUGACUUUGGUGAUGACGAGUUUCCCAACAUGGUGUGUGUGGAGUCAGGGCACGUGUCCAGCCCCGUCAUCUUGCUGCCAGGCACUGCGUUUGAAGCCAGCCAGAUAUUACAGGUGAUGUGAGUGGAGGGCGGGGCUGCAGGGGGCCCAGGGGGUCGGAGAGGGGCUGCUGGCCGCUUGUCACAGCUCCAACCGCAGCAGCCACAGCCGCAGCCACAGCAGCUAGUGAACCCCUCUCCUUCCACCUCAUCUGCUGGGGGGGACAAUCUGUUGACGUCUCCCUCCCCCGUGUGGCCCCCCGCCCCGUGGCUUGCUCUAAACAAUGUGUACGUGGGUGAGAUGCUGCACCAUCGCCUCCUGAUGGAGCAGCGCAGCAAGGGAACGGGACAACAGCCACCUGAACAACACCAUCAUCCGCACCAGUGCGCCCCUCAGACCUCCUGCAGCAUCUGCUCCCUGAACCUGUAGCGCAAGGGAGACACGUGGCUUGUACGGACACUGGAUUCAAAUUUGGUUCCCUUCUUCAGUAUAAACCCUGUUUCCAAAAUUUUUUGUAUGUUAUUUAUUUUCUAUUUAUAUUUCGCAUAAUGACCCCCAUUGCUGGCAGUAUUGUUUGGCAUGGGAAGUGUCCGUACAGUGCCACAGCAUGGUAACUCGGACAGCGAUACACAGCUCCACGAGCAGUUCUCAUAGACUACAGUUUCUAAGGAGUGCAGAUUGACUGUUAUGAGCACUAUGUUGCGAGGUUUGUAUCACUGUCCAUCAUGUUGGCUCUUCUAUCUUACUCUAAUUUUAUGAUAGUAAUACAUAGUUGAUAAUUAUAACAAUGAUAUUAAUGAUGAUUGAUGAUAUAGCGUUUUCUAUUAAAGUACAGAUUAGCUAGGAGUUGACUUGUGCGCCCACAGAACAUUGUAAUGUUACCCACAAUGCAAGUUGGUACUCAUGCUGCAACAACAUUCCAGCGUGUUGGCAACAUUCCCAGUCUUGUGGACCACUUUUAUGGAAGCAUAACUUUUGUGUAUCUAGAUGUUUAAGUACCGCUAAUGAAACUUUGUGAUGAAUAUUUUUGGUGCAUUCCCAACAAAGAGUUGUGAAAGUGCACGUAUUGGCUUUGCUGUGUCUUGUUUGUCCGUCUGUACAUAACGUGAGGAUCAUUCAAUGAAUGGGUUUUUGUCAGGUCUGAGGUUCUCACAGCAGUGAAUUUGAACAUUAUUAUCUUCUAGGGUAUGAAGUCAUGUAGUUCUUUAGGUAGGUACCAGUGUUUCAGAGGAGCCCAGUGCUUCCAUCUUCAGGGUACAAAAUUUUCAUGUAAUUUAAUAUUGGGAGUUGUACUUGAAUUUGUUUACAUAUUUUAAUUUUGGUUCAAAUUUGCCUAAUAAAGAAGACUACAUCCAUUUUUGUACACAGCUUGAGGCCCAAUAUUCUUUGUGAUGUCUCUGACAGACCCCUUCUGUGGUCUAGUGGUCAGAGUUCUUGGCUACAGAUCCAGAGGUCUGGGUUCGAUUCCCAGGACUACCAGAU